GCGCCUGAUGUAUCCGGCGGCUCCCAAGUCGUCUCAAUGGUAUGACUUGGCUUCCUCCCUCUUGGCUGCUACGCGGCGAAUAUCACACUCGGUAGUCUUUAUGACCGCAGCAAGGCUCUCACCUCAGAUCACUUCAGCUUGAACGAGACACUCUCUACCAUCUCUCUUAUUGUCAUUUAAAAGUGUGCGUUGACCGCCACAUCAUUGCACUAUAUACUCAUUGCCUACCAACGUUCAUUAAAUAUAUUUUACUCCCGUUUUGCGUAUCUUCUCGUAACAUCUUACCACACUCGUUGCUCUAAUUCUCACCUAAUUCUCCAAACCACCUCCUCUCGCCAACAUGUUGUACUCUACUUUUGCCGGUACUCUCUUCUUUGCUGCGUCCGCGUAUGGCAGUUGUCUACAUGCGACUUCUCAUCUUCAUCGUCGUGUCGAGGAGGGAAAAGUGAAGGUCAGCACGUUCGGAUACACGGAUAUGCAAGGGCCCCUUAACUGGGCAGGAUUAGCAGAGGAGAAUGAAGCAUGUGCUACCAGCAAGGUCCAGUCUCCAAUUAACAUUGACGACACCAUUGACGUGGCUGCUGAGGCCCCAAAAAUCACCAUUGCUAGUGUGAACUCUGCGGAGUUCGAGAACCUGGGUACGACUGUUGAGACCAUCGUCAACGGCACCACAACUUUCAACGGGACCGACUUCGCUCUUAAACAGUUCCAUUUUCAUACUCCCUCUGAACACCGCAUCAACGAAGAGUACUUUCCGUUGGAAAUGCAUAUGGUUCACGAAGCCGCAGACGGUUCAGGAAACAUCGCUGUGCUGGCUGUGCUGUUCCAACUCUCCGCCGACGGUUCGACAACCGACCUUCUUACCAGCGUCACCAAGAAUCUCGAGGAGAUCAAGACUCCAGGGACCAUAACAGAGACCGGGUCCCUAGAUUUCACUGCAUUGAUUGAACACCUCGAGACUACGCCACUCCGCCAGUACACCGGCUCACUCACCACUCCCCCUUGCGCUGAAGGUCUCACAUUCCUAGUCACCCAAGAGCCACUUGCGCUCGACGUGGCAACCUUUAACGCUGUCAAGUCAGUCGUGAAAUUUAAUUCCCGUUUCUCUCAAGGCGCAUUGGGCACUGAGAACCUUCUUGUGGUAGCUACUGCGAACGAGAAGAAUAUCGCGGCACGCAAACAGGCUGGGGGCGGCGGGGAGAAGGCUACAGAGCCUAACCCCACAGAAGAAGCCGCGCCGACUAAAACAGGCCCUACGACCAUCCUCAUCACGGAGGUGGCUAUUGGAAUGCUCAGCGUCCCUACUAGUGUCCUUGCCGUGGCUGUGAACGUAUAAGUUCAGAAAGAGAGGAUGCGAACUAACAGAUGUGGAGGUAUAGAUUGUGUUGCGUAUAAGCCUGUAUAUGGGUACCAUGUAUUAGAAAUUCUGUGUUCCUUUUCCUUUUCCUUUUCCGGCAUUCAGGCAUGCAUGUAGCGAGAGAGACCCCUAGACUGCGUCACUUCCAAAAUAUCAUAUCAGCAAUCUCA